AUACCAUAAAUCGCCCAUCUAUUUCUUCCCCCGCCAGCUCUCUUUUAGACCAUAUCGACCACUACUCUCUCUCUACGGUUUCUGAUUGGCUGCACGGCGCGUCGGGGAUGUAUUUUCCUCUUUGUGGAAAGAAAACUUCACGCGACUGCAACGCCUGACGAAGUCGAGGACGAACGAGAGUCUUCCGUCGCAGCACACGGCAAACGGAGGACGGAGCUGAGACCAGCAGGGCUAGGUGCUGUUUUAUUCAAUAUAUUGAAUAUAUUAAAUUGCCCUCCGUUCUCUCCUCGCAUCUCUCUGCCACUCCGCUCAGUUGGCCGUCUUGUCUUCCAUAUCGCGGUAACCAACAGACAACAGCAUCCGCCAUGUCGAAGGCUACCUUUGCAAUCAUCGCCGCGGCUGGUGCAGCCACCGGUGCUGGUGCUACUGCUCUCCUCUAUUCCUUCAGGUCCCCUUCGCAGCAGCAGCAGCUCCAGCAACAGCAGCAACAAGCACCCAAGCCUCCCGUGGCUGCUCCGCCAACUGCUGGCAAGCUCCCCUCGCCGCCGACAGCACCUCCUCUCGCACAGAAAAUCUCGACGGCUGCUCCUGUUGAUCCGACAGGCCUCUUUCAAUAUGGCUUUCCCGGACCCGUGAACGAUCCUCUGAACUCGCUGCCCCUGACGGGUGCCUACGACCGUCGCACCCGCAAUCCGUCCUGGGUGGCCGAACACAUCACCCCCUACUCCCUCUCCAUGAAGAACGCAGAUCGCAAACACAGCGUCUUCGUCGAGGAUACCACCAUUCCAACCAUCUUCCGCGCCAAGUUGGCCGACUACUUCCGCUCCGGUUACGACCGCGGCCACCAGGUGCCCGCCGCAGACGCCAAAUGGUCGCAGGAUGCCAUGGAUGCCACCUUCGCCCUGACCAACAUGUGUCCGCAGGUGGGCGAAGGCUUCAACCGCGACUACUGGUCGCAUUUCGAGGAUUUCUGCCGCAACCUGACCCAGAAGUACCCAUCCGUCCGCAUCGUGACCGGCCCGUUGUACCUCCCGCACCGCGAUCCAGACGGAAAAUGGCGCGUCAGCUACGAGGUCAUUGGAAACCCGCCCUCUGUCGCAGUCCCUACCCACUUCUACAAGGUCAUCUACGCGGAGGACGGCACGAACAGCCCCUCAAGCAAGGUCUCUCUGGGCGCGUUCGUCCUACCCAACGCUCGCAUCCCCAACGACAAGAGCCUCUCCGACUUCGAGGUGCCCCUUGAGGCCGUCGAGCGGGCCAGCGGUCUCGAGUUUGCCUCGAAGCUGGACGCCAGCCGCAGGAAACGUCUCUGCCAGGAAGUCAAGUGCGAGAUCACCGUUCGGGAAUUCAACAACUCCAAGAAAUCGCUGCCCGGUCUGCGAUAAAUACCCUCCUCCCUGCUUGGCAGAUGAAUCCAUAGCAACUACAACAGAGUGGUUGGACGCCUGUAUCAUACGUCCCCCAGCGGCAUCUCAUACAUAUUUCGUGGCGUUUAUUCUUUAGGUUGGGAAUCUAUGCAUGGGGCAUGAUGACUACAUAGUUAAGAGUGUUUAUAGUAUUAUACUCUGUUUCGGCCUCGUCGUUGAAGACUCUGGCGAUGUGUGUGAUUAGCGUACAAUGUUGAUAUCAAAUUACGUCUAUAGAUAGUUAUUAUCUAUUUCUUAAGACUUGG